AUGUCGUUCUGGUCAACAUCCGCCGAAGCGGGCCCAUCCAGCUCGCCGCACAUGUCUUCUAAGGCCUUUGCUUAUCAGGAUGCUCUCUCACCCACAAAGGUUUCCAUGGCCUCAGGGUCCAAACACGAGUCUCAUGUCCCGACCUUCUUGGUCCGCUCUGCAACCGAGCAGGAUCUCUACCAUGCCGAGCACAGGUCGCUUCACACCUUCGCAUACGGUCGUCUGCCGCAAUCAUCACCAUCAGCAGAAGCAUCCUCAUCAGCCAUGACACCUCCCGCCUUUUACCGCACCACCUUCUCCAACCCUUCGUCCUCAUCUGUCUCAUCUUCAGGUCUUGCCAAAUCGCCAUCUCAUCGCAACUCUUUCAGCUCCGUAUCCAUUUCCGAGUUCGGCGGAUCGGUCAUGAGCGACCGUCUCAGCUGGGGCCGCAGCUUCAAGAGACAGAGCAAACGAGGCUCGCAAGACGCCAAGAGUGCCAGCUCACGCGCAUCGGACAGUGGGCGGAAGGAUGGUGGAGCAGGACGCCGUAGAUCGCAUACAGAAGGCUCGCAGUUCAGCCUUCCCAACAGCGGAGACAUCUUUCUCUACUCCAGCCACAACCUCGAGUCCAAUCCGGACAAGUCAAAUCAGCCUCGCUUCAUGCAUCAGCGACGCAAAUCAGACGGUCCUCAGCGAUCCAGGCUUGAUACUCGUUCCGAUUUCUUCCAUCUCGCACGAGCUCAUCCUAUCUUCCGCUCCCAAUCCUCCAACUCGCUUUCCCAUGCUUUUCACGAUCCGCGCGGCUAUCGACAUCAAUCGGAAGCCAGCACAAACAGUCUCAGCUUUGUUGAGGAUGAGGACGAGGAGAUCCUCGCUCCCCUGGCGCGCACAGCCAUCCCGAGCUCCCCAUUGCGAGACUCCGAGACUUUCGCCGACUGGGAUUCUCAAGAUCAAUUGCCACCAUCCUGGAGAAAGAUUGAUGAUCCGCACGCGCUGGAUCGCACUGCCAUCAUGGCCUCGAAUACUUCAUCCAACGCAUUACGUCGUACGUCCGGCGAGAUCGUCACUGUCGCAGCUCGAUCAGCUGCCCAAGCGACCAAGAAGAGCCUCCGCGUCAUUCGUAGAGCCGGAAGCUUCGAUGUCGGGUCGAAAGCUUCGAUGGAUGCAGCGAGGGAACCCAAUCGCUCUCGGUCCAACUCGUCCUCUUCGCUUCUGACCAGCCUUGGCUUGGUGCCAAGACUUGACUUGCGGCAUCAGCGAUCUCAGACUCUACACGAGAUCGAAGUGCCGAGGAACAUCGAUCGAGCAACGUCGGAUAAAUGCAAGCAGGCGCCGCUCUCGCUACCCCCUUCCGCGAUGCAGUCACCAAAGUUGCAAGGUCUAGGGCUUCAUGGAGAUGGUGGUCGUUCUCAUGCCUGGCGCUUCUCACAGAUUACUGAAGCGGAGGAUGAGGACAGGUCUUUCUCGAAAGAACUGCCGCGUAUUCCGCAAGAUAAACAGUCCACGCCAGAGUCGGAGGGUGAUCAAGGUCCGUUGCUUCUGCGUCGACUCAGUCCGGUACCCUCGCUAAAGAGAGACGAGCUACUAGAACCGCCCAAAGCUCAGGAACAAGCUCCACCAGCGCCACCGGCACCGAUCCGACCAGAGCCCACAUCCCCAACGCCCUCUGAACACGAGCGGCGGCAGGGUCUUGCCAAGCGCUCGUACGCUGCACUGAUCGAUCUUCUGAAUCCAGCUUGGCACAAGGAAAGCAAGCAGCAAUCUCGUAGUCGCCAAGCUCCUCUCGGCGGGGGCAGCAGCGGGCCGGUUCAGCUCACUGCACAUGGUGAUCAUGGUGGCAGGACGACGUCUAGUGGAGGCGGUGGAUAUGGCGCCUCUUCAGGUAAUGGCGCUGGGAGAAGUAAAGGAAAUAGCGGUGGGCGUUCAAUUGGCAUGUCUGGUGGUGGCGGCGGCGGCAACAUGAACGGUGGCGGUGCAGGAGGAGGUGCGGGAGGUGGCGGUCCACCCGAUCGACGAGGCCCUCCUCGUGGCAGCAAUGGCCCAUCCGACGCAGCUCCACCCGUUAACUCUGUCUACCGCCGACUCGAGCUUGUCGGUAGAGGUGCCUACGGUGCCGUCUACCGCGGCGUCCACGUUGAGACCGGUUCAGCUGUUGCACUGAAAGUCGUCAACCUCGACACGCCUGACGACGAUGUCAGUGACAUUCAACGAGAAGUUGCUCUUCUCAGUCAACUGCGCGAAGCAGCACAGAAGAAUGUCGUCCGAUACUGGGGAUGCUGGUUGAAAGGUCCAGAGCUCUGGAUCGUCAUGGACUUUGCAGAAGGUGGUAGCGUUCGCACCCUCAUGAAAGCCGGACCCAUUGCUGAGCGAUACUGCGCUGUCAUUGUUCGAGAAACCCUCGUAGCACUCAACUACCUCCACAAAUCCGGUAUAAUCCAUCGCGAUAUCAAAGCAGCCAACAUUCUGCUCACCAGCACGGGCAAGAUUCUACUUUGCGACUUUGGUGUUGCUGCUUCGCUCGCCUCUAACAGCGUUCAUAGUAAACGAAGCACUUUUGUUGGUACCCCGUACUGGAUGGCCCCUGAGGUUAUUACCGAGGGUAAGACGUACGAUCAGAAAGCCGAUGUAUGGUCUUUGGGUAUUACUAUCUACGAGAUGGCGACUGGCAAUCCACCGCUUGCCGAUGUCGAGCAGAUGCGGGUGAUCAUGCUGAUUCCCAAAUCCAAGCCUCCUCGAUUACCCCUAGAAGGAGACUUCUCUCCAGCCAUGCGAGACUUUGUCGCAGCAUGCCUCAACGAAGAGCCUAAAGAAAGAGCUACUUCGGAGGAACUCAACAAGCUCAAGUGGAUCAAAACUUACACCAAGACGCCAGUGAGCGUGCUAAAAGAGCUCAUCCAGUCCUACAAUGCUUGGACGAAAGCAGGAGGGAUGAGGAUGAGUUUGAUUGGUGCCCAAACGGCCGAUUGGGGUGAGGCGGGGAACAGGGAUUCCUUUGCUUUUGACGGAAGAGAGACAGGCGAGGGUUGGGAGUUCAACACGUUUAGGAGUGCAAAGGAGUGGGAGGAGGAUGAAGCUGAUGCAGAGGGUGCGAGAGAGAUUCCGAUACGCGAUCAUCCUCUGUUGAGGUUGUUUGAUGUCGAGGGAGAUUCUGCGAUAACGCCUAAUACUGGGAUAUAUGGAGGACAGCAGCAGCAAAGAGGUCGGGUUGCGAACGAGAAUGCUAAUAUUCGGAGACAAGGCUCUUCUAUUACAGCAGGUGGUGGUGGUGGGGCUGGUGGGGCUGGUGCGACAUUGCGAGCACAACAAGCUCCUCCACAAUCUCUUGCUGAAACCGCCAAAUCAUCAGCUGCACCUCCAGCAACAGUCAAACCGACAAUGCUAGCCAACAUGCAGGAGAAAGCAAGUUUCACAGGCACUGGAAACACUCCCUUCCGGUUCGGUAUGGGUGGUGCACCUUCCUCCCCCAUGUCCGAAGUUCCACCUUCUCGGGCAAACUUGCCAAUGCGAAAACGAUCUCAGUCUCUUACUCGACCCAGCGGAUCAUCCACAUCAACCACUUCCUCAGGUCCAAUCACACCAGCAGCAAUUGUCAUCCCCGAUUCUCGCUCUCUCCACGACCUAGCCUCACCCUCAACCAAACCAACCGCUCCUCCUCCCCCACCUCCACCACACACAACUUGCAUGGCUCGAGCGGAAAGCAACACCGACUCAAUCCACUCUUCCCAUCGCACCCCCGCAUCCGCAUCCGCAUCUGCAUCUGCAUCCGCAACCGAACUCAUCGCCCACCAUCGACAAUCGCACGGUGGAUCAGACCCCACAACAGCCGGAACUCACGCUUCUCCCUCUCGACAUCUGCAAAAUCUGUGGGAUAGAGGUGCCAACGCACAGGCAUACAGCAGGUUGGCGAGAUUAAGAGCUGGGUAUGUAAGAAGAGAAAGUGCAAGUCUGGGAAGUUUAAGUGCAAGUAAUGAGGUGGAAACGCCGGCUACACCGACUAAUAUUAUGCAGGCAGAAAGGGGUGUAGGGACGGGAAAAGGGCAGAAUAGGCAAACAGCGCUCUUAGCAACAACAAGAUUGUUGCAAGGACCACCAUUGAGGUCGUUGGAUUUUACAGAGUUGAAGACGAAGGAUGAGGUUUCAGCAUGUUUGGGUAAGACGGUGGAUGAGUUGGGGAAAUGGCUAGAUGUUCUUAGUUUGGCCUUGGGAAGGGCUGUGCAUGCUGAGUCUUAG